AUAUCCACUAGCAUCACUUCCUCAUACUUUUUGUGUUAUUCUUUUGUACUACUGCACUUUGAGUAGGUACAGGGGGAACUUAACAUACAUCUUCUGAAGACAUUCCGAUGUGCAUUUCACUGUUCGUGCAGGGUCAUGUCGUGAACAGAACCAUCUACAAUAAGCUUCAACAUGUCUUACAGUAUUAUGUCUGAGGAAACUGAGCCCAACGAAUACAGAAUAACCGCCUUGGUUUUCUACAGUUCUAUUUUUACAAUUGGAAUAAUUGUAAACAUCACAGCAUUAUGGGUCUUUGGCUUGACCACAAAGAAGAGAAACUCUGUGACUGUAUACAUGAUGAAUGUGGCCUUAGUGGACCUGAUUUUUAUUAUGGUUCUGCCUUUCCGCAUGGUUUACUAUGGCAUGAACUACUGGCCCUUUGGAGACAUUUUCUGCCGGAUGACAGCCGCCCUGACUGUCUUUUAUCCCUGCAUCGCUCUCUGGCUUUUUGCUUUAAUCAGCGCUGAUCGAUACGUGGCUAUUGUGCAGCCCAAGCACUCCAAGGAGCUGAAGAAUGUAAGCAAAGCCGUGAUCUCCUGCGCUGGCGUCUGGAUAAUGACUCUGGGCAGCACGGUGCCAGUGCUCACUUCAGAAAACGACCCUGACGCUUUUUCCAACUUCACCACCUGCCUGAAAAUGCGUGACAUCAUACACUUAAAACACUCCAACCCCGUGAACUUCAUCCGUCUCAUCUUCUUUUUUCUUGUCCCUAUUUUCAUCAUGAUCGGAUGCUACUCAGUCAUCGUCGACAACCUCAUUCACGGGCGGACUUCCAAAUUGAAGCCCAAGGUGAAAACAAAGUCCAUUAGGAUCAUCAUCACCCUGAUUGUUCAAGUGAUUGUUUGCUUUGUCCCCUUUCAUAUCUGCUUUGUCUUCCAAUUGCUGGAGAACAGUGGCAAUGAUUACAGCGCCUGGGGGGCCUUCACCACCUUCCUUAUGAACCUGAGCACCUGCCUUGAUAUUAUCUUAUACUACAUAGUGUCAAAACAAUUCCAGGAUCGAGUCAUCAGUGUCAUUCUGUACCGCAACUACCUGCGCAGCGUCAGAAGGAAGAGUUUCCGCACCGGCAGCAGCCGUUCACUCAGCAACAUUAACAGUGCAAUGAUUUAAAGGUCCAUCAUUUUUAAAUCUUUGAUUUACAUUUUUUAAUCAUUUGUAAAUAUUGUUUCACUUUGCGUCAACUUGUUUGAGAUCUGUGGGCAUUGGUGUAUCUGUGCUGUGCUCUGGAUCACUGUCUUGUUCAUUCUCAUACGCAUCAAUAGAGAAUUGGAGUUUGGGAUAUAGUAAGUUUUAAUACAGCAAUAUGGCAUUUAUAAAAAAUGUGUUUUGUAGCACUGCUACUGCAAAGUUACUACAUUCAAAACCCUAUUAGUUGGUUACUGCAGUACAGCCACUCACACCCUGCAUUACCUAAAACUUUGAUCACUGUAAUACUUUUACACUGAUAUGACCAAUUUGAAACAUGCCACUGUAAAACAUCUUACUAUUGUCUAAAUGAUGUGUUUAGCACAGCAGUAAUACACAUCCGAAGUCUCAUACAAUAGAACAACCAACUUCUUAGUACCUUUUGCUAUAUACAAAAAAAAAGCUAUUUCUCAUAGCAUUUAGAAUUCCAUUUCAAAUAAUGAACUCUGUGUUUGGCACUGAAAAUCAUCAGCCCUAUAUCUAUCCCGAGGUAAAACAAGCUGUAAUGUUGUUGAAGCUGACACCCUGGGAUCCUUCAAGAAGCUGCUUGAUGAGAUUCUGGGAUCAAUAAGCUACUAACAACCAAACGAGCAAGAUGGGCCGAAUGUGAACUUUCUUA